CGCACGCGCAGAGCUGGAGUCGGCGCGGCUCAGCGCGGCUGCGGCCGUCCCCUCUCCUGUGUCUCGCCGCGCGCGCAGGGAGCCCGUAUCCGCGGCUGGUUCGGCUGCUGCGGUCGGUCGUCGUUAUGGACUCUCCGUGGGACGACUUGGCUCUGGCCUUCUCCCGCACGUCCAUGUUUCCCUUUUUUGACUUCGCGCACUAUCUAGUGUCCGUGAUGGCUGUGAAAAGUCAGCCGGGAGCAGUUGCAUUGGCACGGAAGAAUCCUAUUUCAAGCUGGUUUACUGCUAUGCUGCACUGCUUUGGUGGUGGAAUUUUAUCCUGUCUACUGCUUGCAGAGCCUCCAUUGAAGUUUCUUGCAAACAGCACUAACAUAUUACUGGCAUCUUCAAUCUGGUAUAUUACAUUUUUUUGCCCACAUGACCUAGUUUCCCAGGGGUAUUCACAUCUACCUGUUCGACUACUGGCUUCAGGAAUGAAGGAGGUGACCAGAACUUGGAAAAUAGUUGGUGGAGUCACACAUGCUAAUAGCUUUUACAAAAAUGGCUGGAUAAUCAUGAUAGCUAUUGGAUGGGCCCGAGGUGCAGGUGGUGCCAUUAUAACGAAUUUUGAGAGGUUGGUAAAAGGAGAUUGGAAACCAGAAGGUGAUGAAUGGCUGAAGAUGUCAUACCCUUCCAAGGUCACCCUGCUGGGGUCGAUUAUCUUUACAUUCCAGCACACCCAACAUCUGGCAAUAUCAAAGCAUAAUCUUAUGUUCCUGUAUACCAUCUUUAUUGUGGCUACAAAGAUAACCAUGAUGACUACACAGACUUCUACUAUGACAUUUGCUCCUUUUGAGGAUACAUUGAGUCGGAUGUUGUUUGGCUGGCAGCAGCAGUUCUCAUCAUCUGAGAAGAAAAGUGAAGCAAAAUCACCUUCCAAUGGCACAGGUUCAUUGGCCUCAAAGCCUAGUGCUGUUGCUUCAGAUAAUGUUAAAAAGAAACGUACUAAGAAGAAUGAAUAAAUUUACUUGAGCUCUACAAGGCCAAAAAUUUUUUUUCUUAUCUACCUGUUAGAUUGUGAUAUUUCUAUGUAUAUGAUGUGAAAUGAAGACUAUAUAUAUGGAAUGGAGGUGACAGAAAGAAAGAAAUUCUUUGAGGGAGACUAACCCUUUCUGGAUUGUAAUUCUUGAGUGUUAUGAGUGUAUCAUGUGAAUAUGUUUUUCUGGUAAAAAAGAUUCUGUUGUGAUUAUUUGAAUAGUUUUAUAUUAAUAAAAGAAGGCAAAAUUUUUUACAUGUUACAAAAAGCAAACCUGUCAUUGAAAAGUAACAAAAAUUUUAAACUUUAAAAAAUGUAGGUAUUUUUAUAUUUUUAAAAUUUGAAUCUAUUUGAGUUUUAGUUCAGCAGAUUUAAAAUUUUACAUUAUUAAAAUUGCUAGGUAUGGAAAACAAUUCCUAUUUUAUUUUGAACACUGAGAAGAGUAAACUUUUCCUAAAACACUUUAUAUUAUAAAUGAAAAUAAAUUGCUAGUUUAUAUUUUAGAUAUAAACGUUGUAUUUUUUAUUAAUACGUCAAAUGGAAAAUAUCUGAAAAUUUUUUUCCAUAGUGGGUAUUUUCUACUAGAAGUAAUUUUACCACUUUUCAUUGAGAACAGAGCAUGAAUCUUAAUCUGAAGUCUUUCUCAUGCCCUUGUUUUAAAAAAACUUUUUUUUCAAAAAAAAUCAAGGGUAUAAUUUUUAAUAAAUUGUUAAUCCCAUGUUUUGUAAUUUUCAUUUUAUAAGCUUGGCUUACUCUUCUCAACAUUUCUCGUGUUCUUUCUAAUCUUCAUUGGUCUGAAUAUAUUGGUAGUAGUUACUGUAAUUAUUCAACAAAAAGUAUCUCGAUGCAAAAAUUUUUCCAGUAUGGCUUCUUUGUAGUGUCUACUGUUUUAGUUUUCCAGCUGAAUAUCUCUGACAAGCUUUCAUAUAGUUUUGUUAUAUUUUUAUCUAUUGUACAUGUGUUAUUAAUUUUAUUUUAAGUGAUAACUAAUCACCUUUAUGUGGAAAUGGUCUGAGAAUUGUCCUCGGGCAUUUGGUAGUAACCAGCUAACCAAGAAGAAAAAGAGAAGCCAGGACUUCAUAUGGCAGUCCAUUCAGAUGAAGAAUGAUGACAUAAAAUCUGGUUUUGUCUUAGCAAAAUAAAAAAACAAGAUACUACAUGAUGUGAGAUUUUCUUACUUUAUGAUUUAAAAGUCCAGUGAUAACAUUAAAACUCUGCGACAUAGUUUAUUUUACCAAAACCAUGAACCUACUACCUGUAUCAGGUAUUUUGUAUGGCUUUUAAGUACUCAAGUCACAUUUAAGUUAGAAGUUUUGUUGCUGUUGUUGUUGUUGUUUUAAAUUUUUAACAAAUAUAACACCAGCAGGUACUAUACUUUUACUUGCUUAAAAAAUUGGGGGAGGACACUUUCGAUAGUUUUGGAAUGCCUAAGAAGUUUAUUUUUAAUACUGUGACAGAAAGCAUUAAAUAUUUAAGAGUUUUAUAUGAUAUUUGGUACUCUUAUAGUUAAAAACUUUUCAAAAUUACUACUUUGUUAAUUAUUGAACGGUUUUGAAGUUUGAGUUUAACUAUAGUUGAAAUGGAAGGAAUUUUGUUUUAUACUUGUAUUAAAGAUAAAUUUAUUAAAGUAAGUUAUUUAGCACCAA